AUGGUGCGCAAGAACUCAAAACAUCCCCGACCAUUCUUAGAAGAAGCAGGCCCAUUCAGCCAGCCAGAACUCCACGCAGCGUCUGAUUCGCCCCAAUCGCUUGACAGUGAGCCUGUAUCCUCACGGACAGGAUCUCCAUCUCCUUACAUUUCAGAAGAUAUUAGGCAGGCUCCGCAGCAGAAGCCCGACAGUGCUAUUCCGGCUCAGUCUGGUGCUAGGUCUCCCUCUAAGGCUAUUCCAGCAUCCGCAGAGCGAGCACAGCGAAUCCAAAGAGAACAGAUCAGCCACCAGGUUCACCGAACUCUUGACCUAAUAAGCAUGGUCUGCUGGGGCGACGUGGAGACCGCAGUGACCGUGUUGCGCCGCUCAUACCUCCUUGCGCUCGACAGGAUCGACCGUGGCGAUCGGAGCGUCCUUCUUUUCCGUCCCAGCGAUCCCGAUUUUGUACUUUGGGAUAACAGACACACUAGUUUUGCCGAAGACUAUGAGGACUGGGUGCUUCCAUUACGCCACCACAAUGUCGGGGCACAUUCGCUGAGACGUGGGCUCCGACCUAGACGCUGUCCCGGUGGAAGUCGCGUGCUGAGCAACGGUCGAGACUUCGAUUUCGACGAGAGGGCUAUUGUCGUUAGGCUCUAUGGCGGUCAGUCCACAUCGCGACCCGAAGGUCAUCAAUGCGGUCAGUCAAGUCACGGACAACCGCCAGGGCGACAGCCUCGCUAUCCUACUCGCGAGCGACCACCCCCUCCCCAGCGAGGUCGAGGCAGCCACCUCCGACAGUCUCUCCGCGAUCUCUCAAAGGAGGACAAGGCUGGAUCCUCAUGCAAUCAAGCCUCCCACAACGACGCACAGGCGAACAUCGCCACAACGGCGCCAUCUCGCGCCACUAGUUCUCCCGCCCGUACCACCAUCUCUCGGCCUGGACCGAUUUCGCCACACCACACCGCCCGCUACCGCCGAGAAUGGGAAGCCUUCUCCAGACGAGAGGUCGACAACCCUCUGAUACCACGAGAACCACGUCUGCCGCGCCGGCACGGAAACGCGCCGAGGCCAUCGACUCUGGACGCUCAAGUCCCGGACCCUGGUUCGAGAGCGACAACGCCCCGCCAGCUUGGCCAGGCCGCGCCAUGA